CACUCCAUGAAAAUGAAACUAAAUUUGUUCAAGCGAAGAAAUAGAAUUCUUCUUAUUUCUGGAUUUGAUGAGCCUGGAUAUAUAUAUAUGGCUUGUGGCGGUGGUUGUUGUUGUAAUUACGUGCGCUAUCAGGUUUAACAUGAUGACGUCAAAAACUCUCUGCGAAGCUUGUGAUUUCAGGGGUAUCAAACAAGAAGCACUGGUGUGGUGUCAUGAUUGUGAAGAGGCUUUUUGUUCAAACUGUGCAGAACACCAUAGCAGCGCUAGGAAAACACGAGAACAUAUGGUCAUAUCAAUGGAUAAUUACUCGAAACUACCUCCUAUCAUCAGGAAAUUGAGCUCACACUGCGAACAACAUAACGCACAGUUUCAGAAUUACUGCAUUAUUCAUGAGCAGUUAUGUUGUAGAAAGUGUAUCGAUCCUUUACACAGUCGCUGUACUAGUCUGCCAGCUGUUGAUGAUUUCCUGAAAGAUACCAAAAGAUCAUUUUUGACUGAGCAGUUGUCAGAGGGUUUCAAAGAUAUUCAUUCUUUUUGUGAACAUAUGGUCAAAGAAAAGACACAGAACUUAAGAGAGCUUCACUUUGAAAGCAAUCGAAUUGAAAACAGAAUCAAGCAGAUGCGAAAACAGUUAGAUAUUAUAGAAGCACAACGGAAAACUGCUUUAUCAAACCAUAAAUCAAAUAUCAAUAAAGUUGUCGAACAACUCACUGAACACCUUCAAUAUGCCGGAGAAUUUAAUGACAGUUUAUCUUUUAUCACAGAAAAUGCAUCCAAUAUUCAGGUGUUUUUAGCGUCGAAAAAGUUUGAACAGGACUUGCAGAAAGCAGAGGAAUCUGUCACUUCUCUACAAACACGAGGCGCUUUGAGUAAUGUUGUUUUCUGUUUAGAUGAUAUUAUGGUUAAGAAUAUAGAUAGGAGUGAUAUCAAACUUGGUUCUUUUUCUGUAAAAACUUUACAAGCAAGUAAAACGUAUGUUAAACGAAAAACCAAGGAAAUACAAAUGUUCAUGGUUACACGAAAACCUACAAUCAACAGUGUCAAACUUACUUUACUACGAAAAUUAUCAUUACCAGAUGGCAUGAGUGUAACGGGGUGUUUAUUACUACCUAGAGGGGGUAUUAUUAUCACAGGUGAUUUCUAUGUUGUAUUUCUAGAUUCAAACGGUAGUGUGAAUAAGAAACUGCAGCUAAGAAUGGCGUACGAUGUCACGUGUAUAGAUGAUAACAGGAUUGCAGUCACUGAUGAUGCCGAAAUAACAUUCAUUGAUAGGAAACAAAAAGAAGUUAUUAAACGCGUACGAGCUGAAGGUUACUGUUUUGGUAUUUCACAUUCUAAUGGAUCGAUUAUCUAUACAACGGAUAAAUCUAAAGUCAAGAAAAUGGAUUUGCACACAGAUGUUAUUAGUACGCUAAAUGUAGGAGACCCGAUCUUUCAGUCUUAUGUAGUAGGAUCUGAAAAUAAGAUUUUCUAUUCGAACUGGCAGGAACACACUGUUAUCUGUUACGAUAUUAAUGGUUCUGCUCUUUGGAAAUUCAAGGACGAAACUGUUCUGCGAAAUCCAAGCGGAAUAUCAGUCGACAAAAAUUAUAAUGUUUUCGUGGCCGGGCUAAAUUCUAACAACGUCGUCAUUAUCUCACAUAAUGGCAAUCAGUUCAAACAAAUACCAUUGGAUGGAGAUGGUAUAAGCAAUCCAAGGGCGAUAAGUCUCGAUAAAGAAAAUAAAUUGAUGUUAGUUUGCUCAGAGAGAUCACGCGGUGCAAUUUAUAAAAUUGAAUAAACACUUUGCUGGUCGUCAUAUAUCAAUGCCUUUACAUUAUUUUGUAUUUGAUUAUGUUAUUCUAUUUUAUAUAUGAUUGCAGUAUA